AUGGACUUAGACAGCUGUUUCGAAAAGGAGCUUUCCCUCGAUUGCUUCACCUCGUUGAACUAUAGUACAGUCGUAGAGCGAACAGAAGGCAACCGGAUUGCCGAACAGCAAUGGAACGAUAUCGUCGCUCGUAUCGACUACGAAAAGCGUUUGAACGACAACGUGGAAAACGUCAUAAUUUGCUGCAUAUCCCUGUUGGGAAUUAACGGUGCUAUUUGGGCUAUUCUUACGCUGCACCAACGAAGUUACAGAGAAAGGCGCAUCUUUUUCCUUCUGAUGAACGCCGGCUGCGCCGCUGACUUGGCGUUCAACAUCAUUGCUCUGCCGUUGUACUAUUUGAGGACGGUCGGCUACAGACAUGCCAAACGCAGCCUCAUCCUCCUAGAGCUAAUUUGCAUCGGUCGACCCUUAAUAUACACCCUCUCACAGUUCAGCGAUUUCACUGUUGUGCUGCUGGCCCUUGAACGCUACCUGUCCCUGUGCCAUCUGACCUACCGGCAUUCUGUGUCGUCAAGACGCAAGACGUGUCAUUUUAUGGCGGCGUUGCUACCCGCGUUGCUGAUCAGCUGUGUUCGCUUCUAUUACAUAAAACAGUACGCGGUGAUACGGGUUGGCGAAGGGGAAACCGUGACGUAUGACCUGCAGACGGACCCGUUCGCGGAAACGUGGUACUUUAUCACUCUGUGUCUGUUCAACGAUGGUGUCGUUCCGCUGGUGAUGAUCAUCGCCACCACUUAUUUCACUGUGUCCAUUGUGCGGGUUGUGCAUCGCCGCUCAGCGGCGUUGCAGAUGUCCAUGAAGAUGGGUCUGUUUGACGGCUCCAGCAAGGCGCUCGGUCAUCCGGUCUCCGGCAUGGAGUAUACGGUCAGCAAACUGGUACAGAAGCAGGAGAAGCUUAACCGGAACCGCAACAUGAUCGCCCUGAUCCUCAUCACGUCGUUCGGAUUCUACGUCAACCAAACGAUCAACAUGGCUACGACAGGAAUUAUGGUGUGGGAAACGCUGACCGGCAAGGUGACGAUGUGCAACAGCGAAAAGAAGAUCCGUGACUGGCUGGAAGGAGCUUUGCGCAUGCUAGCCGUCGACACGGCGCUGAACAUCUUCGACAGCCUCAGCCACUCGAUGAACUUCUACGCGUACCUCGCCUUGAACCGCACUUUCCGAAACGAAUUAGUUGCCAUGCUUCUACGAGUACGCACGGUCAGAAGGUUCUGCGUUGGUCUAUACGAUUGGAACAAAUAA